AUACCACUCACGACAAAUUCAAUAUGUUAGUCUUGUGAGAAGAAGAAUCCAUAACUCAUCAACUGCUAUGGACGAAGCAGUCAAGAACGGCAACAUUACCAACGCAAACGACAAUUGGAGCGAAUCCGUGGAGGACCUGCUCACAGCCGGAGACACCGACGCCGCUAUCUCUCUCUUGGAAUCGGUCAUCUCAAACCUCCAAACAUCGGAAUCCCACCCCCAACUGCCUUCCGCUCUCACCGACCUUGCUCGACUCUACUCCUCCAAGGGUUUCUCUCUCAAAGCCGAUCAACUUCACUCUCAAGCUUCCACUAUUCAACACCGUCUCCUCCACUCUUCCUCUUCUGCUGUUUCUCAUGGGACUCUGAAGCAGGAGCCAUGCUUGUCGCCUGAUUCUGCUCCAAUUCGCAUUGAAUCUUCAACUGAUGGUAAUAUCGAAAUAUUUACAAACUCUUCAGAUGAUACUUCGCCACUGAAGGAGGCUUCGGAUGAUGAUUGGGAAGCUAUUGCCGAGCGCUCACCUGAUGAAUUACUUUCCUCACAAUGUCUGCCUGGAGUAUCAAAACUUUCUUUGGAAACUGCCAAUCCUAAAACCGCUACCCCUAAGCGGCGUGGAAGGGGAACAUUUUCUUAUAAGAAAGAUGAAUUGUACAGUGAUAAUUUAUCUGAUAAGUCAGUUAUAGAUAAUUUAGAGGAUGGAGAUGAUUCCCAUAGUACAGAAAGGAAUACAGAGAUUACAACAUCAACAUAUGGUACUCGCCAUGUCCUUGUUUUGGCUGAUUUCCCACCAAGCACUAAAACAAUAGAACUGGAGAAGCUUUACGAGAAUUUCAGAGAUCGUGGAGUUGUAAUUCGCUGGGUCAAUGAUACCACUGCACUUGCAGUUUUCCGGACACCAUCAGUUGCACUUGAGGCCAAGAACUGCAUAAGUUGUGCAUUCAAAGUAUAUAUACUUGGUGAUGAUGAUGAGCUGAUAAACUCAAUCUCACCCAAAGAUCUUGAACCUCCUCGACCUAGGCCAAAGACAUCUGCAAGAACUGCCCAGAGGCUGAUUGCACAAGGUAUGGGACUGAAAUUACCCUCGGCGUCAUUUGGUUCAAAAGAACUGAGAAAACAGGAAGGUGAUAGGAGGAACCGCAUUGUGACGAGGCAAAAACUUAAAGAUGAUGCCUGGGGGGAUGAUGAUUGACCUUUUAAAGAAUGGAAAUUUCUUAACCUUGUCUACUUAACAUUUCUAUUGUAAAUCAUUCCUUUCACUAGUGCAGAUUUGUGGUCUACAAUAGUUUUCAUUAUCUAUUAUUUAUUUUGUGGUGAGGUUUUUAAUUUUUUAUUUAUGGAGGGGGGAACGGCUAAAAGAUGUGUAGAUGAUACUUUAUCUAUCUUUCCUACUUAUGGUCGUGUUGAAAAUUUAUUUUGAAAAAUUACACUAAUUUCUUGACACCA